UAGCUCUUUUAAGUGAUAUCUCCCCGCCUCCUCUCUGAGUAUAUUCGCUGUCUGUAUCUGCAACUCCCCCCAUGGUCUGAAGUGGUAGCCAUUUUAAUUCGCUCUCAGCGAAACCGCAACGAGAAGGAACAUCUGGUCUCGGAGCAGGGAGACGAAGAGGUGCGCGCGCCGCCUUUUCCUGCACAAUCGCCACUUGUCAUUUACAGAGCCAAGAGCUUGACACGCGUGUUUUUUGUUGUUGUUGUUUUUUUUUUUUCUUUCUCCCUCCCCUUUUUGUCUGAGGCUUCUACACGCGUGGCGUUGCUGCUGUCCAUCAUUGGAUGCGGAGGGUCAGUUUUCCAAGCGCUGCGCUUAAGAGAUCUUAGACAAGGGUACAUCUUGCAUGUUACUUUGAGGCUUUCAUGCAAUUCCACUGUUGGCAUAUGCCAUGAAUUGUGAAGAGGUUGCAGAGAAAGCGGUCCAUUCCUGGUCCAGGUUGACUUCAACUGGAAAGACUGCCCUAGUGGAAGCCCUAAGGGUUUUCAGCCCCAUGUCAAAGGACCUUAUUGACACUGAGAUGCAACUUGUGUCCUUUCUUCAGGGACUCAAAGAAGAAGGGCACAAGCCUACCGUACUGAAGAGUAAAGAUGUCUAUGGUUAUAACUCCUGUACAGCAGAACCUCUUCCUGAAGCAAAGUUUUCUAAACCAUUGGACCCUCCUAACAAGUUCCCAAAAGUACAGAAAAAUGUGAAAAGACGGGGCAGGAAAACUGGUUCUAAGAAGAAAGAAAUUAACUAUACGCUGUUGAAUGCAGCAACUAAAAUCAUUUUAAAGAAUCAACCUAAAAUAUUGCUGACCAACCUCUCAAGCGAGUCUUUGAAACAGACCAUCCAUUCCAGUUCAGUCUUGACAGUAAGAUCUGUACAGCCAUAUUUGAAACUAACAAACAUAACAGGACCCUCCAGGAGCCAUAUGGCAAGACUUCAGAUUCAUACUGGGUUAGGUUCCCGAUCAAUUUCUGUUUCUGGCUCUCAUAGGCCCCCAGUGUUGUCAAGGACAUCUGUGCAGCCUUUACAGAAUUCACGUAAAAUACCAAAAAUGUUAGCUCUGGAGAAAAAAAGAUCAGUUUCUUGUACAGUGAAGGUUGGAACUGGUCUGACUGGGGCCUGUUCUCUAGACAUGUAUCAGAACGGUAGGGUUUUGAAGGAAAGCAACAGCUACAAAAUGGCACCUGUGAAACUUGGAACGUUGAAGGUGGGUAAUAAAAAACUGGCCUGGGGACAAAAAAGUCCAGUCAGAGUACGGAAGAGGAAAAGGCCCGAGGAAACCGAGGACAAGGUGCUGAGAAAAAAAGCCAAAAGUGGACUUUGGGUGGUAAAAAGUCAGGAUGACACAAGGCUAAAUGAGAAAAACCUCAGGUUCAAGGUAAUCAAGGUGGAUGACUCCAUUACAGAUGAAGAAGUCAGAAGAAAAGCUCAGAAGAUAUUGCGAGUUAAUUUGUCACCAGUUAUAGAGAUUCAGCCUCUCAUUAAUCAUCCUGUAUAAAUUCAAGUUGGGUUUCAAAGGAAGCUUUGCAUGAUCCCUGCAAUUAAAUUAGCCUUUUCAUUUCAACUUUUAUAUCAACACCUUGUUGAGUCUUCUGAACUUUUUGUGGGAAUCUACUGAGAUGGGGAAAGACAAAAUUGUGGAUUGAAAUUAUCCUCUCGUUCUGCACAAAGGAUAUCUUUCAUAUGUCUUGGUUCAAAAUGGUGCAGAUUUAAACUUGACAUUUUUAUAUGAUAUAGUGCACUGUGAAAUGACAUUUUCAUGUUUUUGUUAAGGAUAAAACAAACUAAUGGAAGCCAUGUUGUCAUAUUACUAUGCAGUAUCUGUAAAGGAAUUUUUGGUUUAUUGUUCUGUGAUAUACAGCAGGUUUAAUAUUACGGUUCUUAACCAUAUUAGAUGCUAAAGCCUUUCUAUUAUUUUGGGUCAUUACCUAAAUGCAGUUGGCUACGUUUUUUAAUUUGAACUUUUGUUUUCUUUUAGUGGAGUUGAUUAUUUGUUCCUUUUGAAAUAAGUUGUUUAUAUUCAAAAUGGUAGGUGGUAUCCGGUGGCUGGUUUCCAGGCCUCUGAAAAUGUCUGCUUUUGUUGGAUGAUAAUUUUAUUUUUAGAUUAUUAUGCUUCUUUAUAUCCUAUGAUUGUUUAGAAAUGUGUGUGUGUGUGCUGAUUUUUUUAAAUUUUUUUUUUUUUGCACUUUGGAAUACAAACGAACCAGAUUUAAUUUCAGGACGAGUAAAUGGCCUUGUUUUAUAUAGAAUGAAAAUAAUACAUUAUUGUGCUCAGAAAAUAUUGCUUAUAUUGCUGCCCCGAUUGGGCACAAGAUUUCUUAAAGGACCAUGUUUUAUUUCUGUCUUGCACUUGCUGAAAGAAACAAAUUCAUCUUUUUUGAUAACCCUGGCAUUUUCCAUAAAGAUUGGGUUGUUUCUGUCUGUUGGAGAGCAUAUGACGUUUCCCUAUAGAGCAAUCUAGUCUGGUUUGGCAGGUGUCUGAUAUUUUAAAACUCUUAAGUCUUAUAAUGUAGAAAUGGUUGCUUGUUGCCUUUUUCAACUCUAGGGUACAGAGGUUUAAGCAUUGUGGAUUUUCCUGAGUUACAGUUCAGUUAUUGUGAUCUUGGGUGGAUUAGACUGAGAAAGGGUGAAAAUAAAACCCUUCAGUUAAUCACACUUUGACUGUAGUCCUUGUGCCAAACAUCCAUUUGGUGCUUUUCAGGAGCCUGGUGCUAGUGCUGAAAUCCAUCCUGUGUUGAGGUCGUCACCAAGAUGAAAUUGCAUAAAAUUGCUUGCAAUGUCUUUGCUGCUAGUAUUCUUUUUAUCGAGAUGCUCAUAUGCUCACUUGUAUAUUGGAUGUUCCUAGAGUCUUAAAAGACUUUGGCAAAAAAAAGUGCUUAAAUAGUGAGGAAUUUUUCCAUACGUGUUAGUUUUGAUACUGGACAAAACCAGCAAAACCAAAAUAGGUGAUGUCCAUUUUUGUGGGGAGGUUGUAUUCUGAAAAGAGUGAGUCAAUCCAAAUAUGACAGUGGCAGGGAGAGAAGUAGCUUUUUUUUCUUGUACAGGAUUGUAGACUUUUUGAAUCAAUUUUUAUAAAACAUUCUAACUUAAGAAUAAGUUCCAGUGUAAAUACUAUGAAACAUUUCUCUCCAGUAUCAGUAGUUCUGUGAACAAUGUUUAUCAACCAUGAUUAAAUCUGUACUGUCAGUGUUGUAUAUUUGGUAUUACUGUUAAA